AUGGGAGAUGUGACAAGUGUCUCCAGCGGGAACACUCUGCUCCUGGAAGGACGACCUGAGUCCGAGUUCACACCCCUUCUCCAGACACGUAAACAGGCCCGCCUGAUAUGUCUGGAAGAGCACGCCGUGUCCCCCUACCCAACGCCCGCAAUCUCCUCCACCUUCGGCACAUUCAAGCCCUCAUAUGUGGCCGCGCUCAAAGACCGACUGGGCGACAUCGCACUGCGGGUCAAAAUCAUGGACGCCAACAACAUCGGCGCGCAGAUCAUCUCCAUGAACCAGCCCACGGCCCAGGCAUUCGUGAACCUGGACGAGCAGCUCGAAUGGUGCCACAAGUCGAACCAGUUCGUCUACGAGAACUAUUGCCAGAAAUACCCUAGUCGAUUCUUCGCCUUUGCGACUCUACCGACACAGAGCGGCGAGGCGGCCGCCACGGAACUGGAGCGCUGUGUCAAGGAGUACGGCUUUGUCGGCGCCAUGAUUAACGGCUUCACAAACACCUCAGAUCCCACCGUGGGACUGUACCUCGAUCAUCCGCAGUACGAGAAGCUCUGGGAAGUCUCUGAGCGGUUACAGAAGCCGAUCUUUAUCCACCCCCGCGUGCCGCUGGCCAGUAAUAUCAAGGUGCUGGAAGAUAUGCCGGUCUUCCACGGUGCCCCUUACGGCUUUGGACGGGAGACGGUUGAGCACGUCCUCAGACUGAUGUAUAGUGGCGUAUUUGAUCGCUAUCCUAAGUUAAAGAUCUGUCUGGGUCAUAUGGGCGAGGGGUUAUCUUGGAUCUUACCCAGGACGGAUACCACGUUCCGUCUUUAUACCGCUGAGGCACAAGGUCCCAAGAAGAAGCGCUUCCAAGAUUACUUCCAGCAGAACAUCCUGCCCAACACGAGUGGGAUGCCUCGAACAGCAGCCCUGAUAAACCUAAUGGCCGAGUCGAGAGUCGAGAAUAUCAUGUUCGCCGUGGACUACCCCUAUGAGUCGAUCGCUGAGAUGAGAGCCUGGUUCGAGACGGUGCCUAUAUCGGACGAGAACUGGAGGGAUAUUGGGUAUCGGAAUGCGAUCAGAUUGUUUGGGCUGCCACUUGAUUAUGAUUAG